CCUUCUUCUUCUCCUUUCACGAAUGACGCUGAGGGUCAAAAACGUAAACAAAGGCUUAGACGUUUGAGGGUUCAUUAAGUCACUCCUGCUCUUUGCCAAUUCAUCUUCCCCAGUCUUGCAAUCAUGUCAGCAAACGCUCCGAGCAUCUCCGAUCAGGUGAAGCAACUUAAACGACGGUUGGAGUUGUGGCGUGAAGCGGUUCUGCCUGUGUAUGCAGUCCUUGUUUGGGAGAAGCCAUGGCACCCAGGUCUUCUUGGUGGAGUUUCAACGGUUUUCUUUCUGUUGUUUUGGUAUCUGGAUCCAAGUGUUUUGACCACUCUAGCUCUGAUGGGAUUGGUGGUUACUAUUUGUGACUAUGCAAUUCAUUUGAUCGGCUCAUAUGCAAGACAUCCAGAACAAGGUGACAAAUGGACCGGCAAAGAUGAAAAGAAAUUGGAAGAAGUGUGCCACAAUGUGGUUUCCACUCAAGCAAUCAUCGCGUCAAUGGUUAAAAAUUUCUUUCAAAUGCGCAGCACUCGAACUAAAACAUACUAUGCCAUAACCAUCACAUCCCUGAUAAUUUUGAGUUUCCUUGGAGGCAUGAUCAACAACCUGUUCUUUACCUAUUGUGUUGUGACUUUUAUUCUUCUGCUUCCUGGUAUGAAACAACAAGGGCUUCUUCAUCAAUGGAAGUCAACUGUAUUGAAUGCUGUAGGAGGUUCCAAGACAAGUUCAAAAAAAUCAGAUUAAAUGGGGCAUCCUUAAAAACAUCUAUCCAUCAAACGUCGGAACUCUUUGGUUGUCAUUGAUCUUGUCAGUAUUGCAGAUAAUGCCUUUUUAAACUCUAAAUCCAGUGUUAUCUGUAUGGCGUUUCUUUGGAUCUCUUCAAAUAUUAGAGUUCAGCAGUUUCAAUACAAAUUCAAACUGAAACAUGCAAGUUGUCUCAUGUCAAGAUCUACUUUAUAAAAACCAUAUUAAAUACUGUAAUUGCAUUCAAGUACCUUUAAAUUCAUAUCAAAGUCAGAUCCCAUAUUGUACAUUGUUAUGAUGUAUAGAGACAAAGAGUUUUCUUUGAGCAAAUCGUCAGAAUGUGAUCACACUAAUUCAAGCAUUUGAUGAAGGAGGAAAAUGUUUUCCAUUGUGCUCUUUAGUUUUUAAAAUACAAAACCAGGUAUGCUCUCAAAUUUUGGUUUACUCAGAGUACUAGUCACUCAUUGUAUGUUGGUGAUUUUAUUCAUAGGUUGUGAUCCUAUUUAUGUUGUGAAUAUUAGAAGUAGGUUUAGAACAUCUUUUUAAACAAAAUGAUCUCAUCUCAGGAGGAAAUUUUUCUGGAAUGCUAGUGUUUCACAUUUUAAAAUUCAUUCAAAGCACACUACAGUACUUCAAUUUUUGUGUGUUGCUGUAUGCACUCUGAAAUUCAAUCUUGUGGCAAUGUUGUUGUUUUUAGAUCUACUUUUCUGGAUUACCUUCAUUUAUUUUCUUUUAAAUUAUUCAGUUUAGAUUUAGUUUGUAUCGUUUUGUAUUUUACAAUGUGUAGUUUUCAUCUUGAGGCUCCAAAACUAUGUCUUCUCUCUUUUAAUGUACUGUAUCUUUACAGUUGUCUGUGAGAAUAGUAGUGGUUCUUUGUACUCACUAGAUUUCCUCACUGUCAGUGUGUCUAAUCUUGUGAGUACUUUUUACAUUAGUAUCAAGGGGCCCUGGACUCAGAUUUGGAACAUGACAGGUUUGUUUAAUGGUAAGUUAUUUAUUUGUUUCAAACCAACAUGUCGAAAAGCUGAGUCAAGGAUCCCUCCAAAAAUAUAUUCCCCUAUUAAUGUUUUUCUAGAUUUAGUUGAGAAUGCGUAAAAUUGUUACCAAAGUCAUGUCAAGUAGUAUUCAAAUUUUUAGGGUUGAGCUUGUCUUCUGUUUUUUGCCCUGGUGUUGUGACCAUAUUGCAUGUUGUGGUAUUUUGUCACAUUCCCUUAGCAGUAGGAAAGGGUUCCAUGCACCUUUGAUUUAAAGGACUGCUACUGUUAAGUGCUAUCCUUCGAUGUAAUGCACAAAUACUCUAAGAAAGACUACUGUCAGUUCAUUUUUGUGUUUAAGUGUAUGUUGUCACUAACCAUGUCAAUAGAUGAGUUGUUAGAAAAAGUGUGUGCAAAUAUAGUCAAGAUUUCUUGAAAUAACAUUUUUAUUUCCUCAUAAAUUAUUUAAUAAAUAACAAUUUAGCAGUCAUUUGCAAAGAAAAGAGAAUGUUACACUAACUUCUAUUGGACAUGAUGUGUUAAAUGCCUCGCAGAGAAGUUAAAGCCAGAGCAUGUGUUUGCAAGCUCCUCAAUUAACUCAUACAUUACUCUGCAAAAAAUAAUAUCACAACUAAAGUAACAUUAUGAUGUCAAUCUGAUCAGGGAAACAAUAUUUACAUGACUUUAGUGAGUAAAUAAACAAUAAAGCCCACACUUUUAA